ACUCCACAAAACUGUGACCGGCUUCAGAAGGCACUGAAAAUCUUCAAGCUCUUGGCUGUUUCGUGUUCAUUGAAAACGUUCUGUCCAAAGUUCGUGCCUAAAUCAUUUAAGCAGCAUAAAAUAGCGUUUUUCUGAAGGCCGUUAGCCUUGUCUCUGAAUCGGAUAUUUUAUCUUAAAUCAUUUCUGAAAAACAAAGAUGGAAUUAGAAGAUGGAUGUCUUGGAGGUUUUUUGAACAUUGCAGAAUUGGAGAAGUAUUUUAUUCAUGGUGAGUAUUGUAUCUUGUGUUAAUUGAGUGUGAUAAAAAUUGCGCAAAUUUAUCUUUCAAGAAAACGCGUAGUAUUGUUGAGAUUUUCUUGUGCUCUUGCUAUGUUUCUGACAUGCCGAGCUUGUGUCUCAAUUCAGAAGGUUUUUCUAUUCAGUGUAGAUGCUUUUCAUCCUUCGAAAAAAAGGAGCAGGCGAACUGUUUUUGAAAAAUAGUGAAAGAAAUUUCGGUUUAUUUGAUCUGAAGCUCUUGAACGUAAAACGAAAAAGAGAAGAAGACAAUGCAGAGGCCGAUAGUGCAGAACCGCAUUCACAUGCGUGACUAUUCUUUAUUUUGAUUCAAGUUUCCUGAGGGCUCCGAGGGAAAAUUGAAAGCAGACAUAAAAGAAACGGAGGCAAUUGUUCAAAGAAAGAACUUUUUUCUACGAUUUUAUCGCUGUCCGCCGGCCCAUUUAAGGUACUCACACCUCCGGUCUGUUGAAAAGCAACUGGUCAAAUGUGUCGUGGGUGGCAGACUUGUAUGUAACUUGACCUAACCACGGCGUAACGAUGUCUUCAGCAAAGCCCCUUAUUCACGACGUUCGUUUAAUCCGUGGCAUUUUAUAGCUCAGGUUAAGUUCCUGCCUGGAUUUUAAGUUGAGUAAGCCACUUUUAUUUUCAAUUUGUUGUCUAAUUUUCAAACUGAUUAGUCGGCACGUUGUCGAUCUUGUCUUGAAUCCAUCGAACUCCUCGCCCACAAGAAAGCUGUGUUACCACUGAACGUUAGUUUGCUCCUUUUUUGGUAGUCCAAAGUACUACUUCCUGAGAAAUUCGAUACAAAUUUCUCUCGCUGUUGGACAUUUUGUGAAUUAUCCGUCGAUGAACACUUUAAGUUUUUUUUUGUCGUUGUUUUGACUGCGCCUCCCACGGGCUGCACUGAGAAAUUUUUUCGUACGAGACUUUUGGGUUUCUUUCUGCCUUCCGAUUCCUCUGAAACGCCAAUUUCAAUCAGUGUUGGUAAAUAAUUAAAAUUGAAUGUUAUUUUUCGCGUGAUAACGGUUUCCUGGCGGACUGAUUUUAUUUUCUUAAGUCAAAACAUUUGGGUUUAUAGAAACUUGUUGUCGUUUGUCAGUCCGGAUUGUCCAUUUCCAUUUACCGAAGGUUGAAGGGACGUGACCAUAAUCACUGCCUAUUAUAACGUCCUUGAGUGUGUAAAUCGGGUUUUUUAACGUUAAGAAAUAAACUUGCCUUCCAGCAAUAAUUGUGGUUCCGGCGAACUUUUGACUUUGGUUAAACUUCACGAUCAUCGUUUUUUUUAGCAUUGCUUUCGUCGCCGUCAGCGACUGUAAUAAAACUUCAAUCUUGUUUCACUCCAGACGCGGUUGUUUCUUUUUCAGGUCAAUGUAGUGAUUAAUUAAUUUAUAAAACACAAAAAACAAGAAUGUAACGAAGUAGUAGAGUGAUCAUGUACAUCCCCAUCGAGUAUAAGAGUGGUCAAUAGUUGAACUAGAGCAGAAUACAAGAAGACUGAUGGAACUGGAUUAAAUCUUGAACAUUUAUUGCUUAUCAAAAAACAGUAAUAUGUAUUUCCAGGUCAUACUUAAAACAAAAUGUGAGAGAUGAAGGAAUCGACUGACACAAGGUUCUUAAAAGCUGUCGAUAACGCAAAGGCGCCCAUCUAACUAAAUGGGAGAACUUUAACAGUACCAACUUAAAAUGCCUUUUUCUUCUGUCAGUUAAUUGAACAACUAUACUUCUGCUAUCAAAGAAAACGAAGAAAUUAGAGCACUCGUGGCGUUGCGUCUUUAGUUUACAAACUUCAAGUUUCAUUGCUGACCGAGCAGAUUUUGUCUUAGUUUAGUAUUGGUCCGUAUUCCACAACAUCCUGCUUCAUACGUCAUCUCCUCUGGGUGUAUACUUCGUACUAGGUUCUGGUUUUUCUGAGAAAACUUUGCUUAAUUGUUCCUUUUUUCUGUCUACAGAAAAUACUUAAUGUACUACAGUCACGUAAAUCCUGAGUAUAUCCCGCCACAUUUCCGGAGUCCUUAAUCUUCAAAUCUUUAAUGGGCUUCGAGAAAAUAUGCGUCCGUUUAAAACUGAAAGAUUUGACUCAGAGAAAUGUUUAAAGCCUCACAAUGCCUAAUCUUAUGGUCACUUUUCACUCUGAAGAAGACAGGAUUCUUUACUUGUUUGCCUCACAGGCCAAAGAAUCUCGCUAAGUCCGAGUCAAAGUAAAAGUAAGCUCAGCGUUGUAGUUUAAUUUUUCAAUAAAGUCAGGUAACAUGUCGAAGCUUCCUAACAGGCGAAUAGAAUACUUAGUCCAAUGGUAUUUCCUACAGUCAAGUCACUUCAAAGUAUCAGGACCACUGGCCCACUGUUUUCUUUGUACCGAAACUAAUUCGCCUUAUAGCCUUCGGUAGAAAAAUAGGCGAAAAAGGAUGCUUUCUGUAAACAGAGACGAAUUUCGACGACCUUUCAACGUCACUAUAACUUGCAGCUUGGACGCUCGUCGCCAUAACUUGGGAAGCCCCGGGGGGUACCCCAUAUAUAUGCCAUAUAGGUGUGUGCCGCCCCAACGGGUAUGGUUUUUGCGCCGUUUUUCCCUCGAAAACCAUACCCGAUUCAAGACCACUACGGGAGCGUAUGAACGUAUCACUCGUUUCAAUUCCAAAUGAGUAAGUAAGAAAGUGAAAUGUGCGAAUUGGAAAUGGAUUGUAAGAAAUUUUUUUGUUACUGUUCUAAUCUAUGUAAUGAUGGCAUGAUUUCUUAGGGACCAGGUCUGAAAACGGGUGUGAAAAAUGACAUUGUUUGGUCUAAAAUAGGGUUAGGAUUUAAAGAACCGGGCGGCACACCCCCACCAAGACUUCCUAGGGGUAACCCCCGGGGGCGACGCCGAGCUACCAGUUCAUCGCUACAGCAAACAGUUUUGUUGCAAUAUCGAGGUGUUAAAGCACAGCCACUAAAAAGGCGGCUAGAAAAGCUUUUUAGGUUUUGUUUUACUAUGCAUGUCCCUUCGGUAUAAAAAAGAUGGCAAAUGGUCGUUCGAGAACAUCAUCGGAAGGCCAAGUCGCAGCUGAAGUUUUUAGCCCAGUGUUGAGUGCUUUCGAACGCGCUUUUCACAUCUUGAGAGUCUUAAAUCUUAGAGAAGGAGAUGGAUUGUGCACAGUUUUAACGAGUCGCCAACCGAUUGUUGUACCGUUGUACUUAUUACUUAAAUAUCACAAAUUUGUGAGCGCCAGCGAAGCGUUAAGACAGCUACUUCUUGAGAAUUUUUACACAGAUGUAGCUGAAGAGAAUGAGUUCCUGUUUUCUUUUGGUGUUAUUUCCUUCGAUGCUGCAGUGGAAACUGUUGAGUUAUCAGACUGUGGUUUGAUAAAAUGCUGAAGGAAGAUAGUAUCGUUUCUCUGUUAAAGCGUUUAAGGGACAUAGAUACUUUUGUGUGCGGGUGCGUGGUGCAAUUUUAGUUAGUUCUUGCUGUAAUCCCAGCUUAACCCCUACAAACAACAAAGGUUACGGCCAUAAUAGGAUCAGGGGCACCCAAUUUUUGACGGAUUUUUCCUAUAUACAUUGAAAACGCUUUUUAGGAUAUGCUAGCUACUUUCAGAUCCCCAAAAAUGCAAUCUAAGUGGCGCUAUAAAAUUUGUAUCUGUUAAUAAACAAUCUUUAUUUAAGUAUCAGAAAAAUAAGUAAUAUUUACAAUCUUAAACUAUUAUUGUAUUGUUUACAAAUUAAAAACUAAAUAUAUGUCCACGAUAGAAAACUAUUUACAAUUGUGAAUAAUGUAAAAGUGGGAAAAGGAAAAUUGAGCAUUACUAAGAAAAAAACUAUCAAAAAUGUAGGCCCAAAAUUAUAAGUGCAGAUUUAGACCAGCUACAGCGAAAGUGAAGUCUUCUGAAUUUGUAUCUGUUUGGUCAUCCUUCGGCAACUUAACCGAACCUUUUCGAAUUUGCAAGGCUUCAGUCAUACGCGAAAAAUUUAGAUGCAAUUUUAAAAGGUUUGAAACUGGUGAGAAUUUUUCUAUGAUUCCUCUUUCCAUCACAUUUUCGAAUCCGAAAUUUUAAGGUUUCCUUUUUUCUACGAAUAAUAGCAAGUGAAAGUGGAGUGACAUGUGAAAAUUUCAACUUAAGAAAAUCGUUGGCAAUUUAUUGAAUGCCUUGAAAAUCGUGCAUGAACGGAACUGUCAUCUAGAAAUUUUCAGCUGUUCUCACUGUAGAAAAUUCUAGGCAGUAUUUGCUUCUUUGAACAGAUCUUUUGCAGAAAACAGUCAUUGGGUCUCCCCGAAGGAUCUUUUCGCAGUAGGUUUCAUUGCCUUAUCUCACUAGACAUGCACGUUUCGUCCACGGACUUAAAUGUUGCCACUGUGAACGACAGUGGAUAGAGAGAGUUGUGAACAAAACCACUCCGCAGAAUAUGCUGCUCGGUAUGUUACAUUUUUGUUCCCAUAAAAAUACUGUGUUAAAAUAAAAUAGUCAAAAUGGCAAAUGGACGCAGCCGACAGAGAUAGGACCACAUAAAGAAAACGGCCGAAGUAGUACUUAACAUAUAACAAGCAGAAUUCUCGAAAAUGGUAGACGCAACUCUUCAGUGGGAUCAUCAAAAGAAUGAAAAGAACAGAAAUUAGAACAUGUAGAUUUCAACUUUCCAGCAACAACAAUUUGCCAUCCGUCCCUUUCGAAAUCAAAUACUACAUUGUAGCGCUUUGGACAAUUAUUGGAUUUUAGCGCUAUAUAAAUAAAAUUAUUAUUAUUAUUAUUAUUAUUAUUAUUAUUAUUAUUAUUAUUAUUAUUAUUAUUAUUAUUAUUAAGUUGUCGAAGUGUCGUAUACAACUGAUUUGGUAGAAUUUUGUGUUGCUGCCUCAAUCGAACCUGAAAAUCAGUCACUAUCGCGUUUUUCUACCAUAUAAAAAGAUUCAUAACCAAUUUACCAGUAUAAACAGUUACAGUUCUAUUUGUAGGAAAUAAUAAAAAAAAAUCAAAAUAAUAGUUGCGGCUAGUACUUUUUUCUGGAAUCUGGAAUCUCACUGAAAAAUUACGGAAGAUCGGUACUUUAACACGUGGUGAACUUGUCCUAGCUCCUAGCCUACGUGGCAAUGAGACCUUUUCUUUCCAUUUUUUGUUAAUUUUUCCGAUUUAAGUCCUGAAAGCCAACACCUGACUUAAUUGAUGCUAUGGUCAAAUUGCUAAAGGAAGGGUCAUCCCGCGUUGUUCGUUUGAGCGCUGCCAAGAAGCGGAACUCUAACUCUGCACUUUUACCCUGGUCACCCCGCGGUGUAACUUUUGAAUCAAGCAUUCAGAAUUUAAACCUUUGAUGUUAUAUAACUGGUUAACUCCAUUAAGCGCCGUAGAUGGAAGCAAAAUUACUAAUAAACGGCACUCCCAGUCAGAAGAAUCAGGCGUUUGUUUGAGGAUUAUAAGAAAAACCUCGGUACAACAGUUUGUAAUCUUGUCGCCAUUCAGACAAUAACGAUUCUAUAUCAGCAAAAAGCGAGACCUUGGGACUUUUAACAUCUUUCUUUUUUACGUAAUUUUUUAAAAUGAUUUAUCCUAAUUGCUCUCAGAGAUUAAAGAAAUGUCAUGAAUUUGAAGUAAACGUCGCCCUUGAGUAAAAACAAUCAAAAACGCUAAAAGUACGCCGCGGCUUCUGCAAACAUUUCUACACUUGAAACCUUACUCAUCUCAAAGAUUUAGUUUGAAUAUGAAUUGAAUAAUGACCCUUCUGCCCUCUGCUAGCUAGGUGGUAUAGUAGACGGUAUUGCUUGAUGAUUCUCAUUUCAGCUCUCGACACACGUCUUUUGGAACCGUAAUUCGCACUGAGUGCACUUAUGAGAGAGCUUUACAAAGUAGCACUUGUUACAUUUAUGACGCAAAAUGCAAAAAAAAAAAAGAGCCAACCAAACAAACGAAAAGACCUCUAUGAAUUACUUUCAGUUUAAUGAUCGUAAUGAAUAACUACUGCUAGAAGUAUGAUUAGAGCUUUGUUCUUAUGUAGACAAUUAACAACACUCUAGAAGUAGACUGAAUAUUGCUGAGUAAUAUCCGAGAGGGUAGCUUAUAUUCACUGCUCGCCUCGUACAGGAAUAGUGUUUACAUCAUAGAUAGCAACAGACAAAGUAUACUUUUCAAUAUCCGGUCAGGAUACUUGCACUUUUCGAAAGAGAGUUCUAGGUGUAGUUUAAAACAGGAAAUUCUAUUGUUUUUUUUUUUCACGUAGAGUAAUAUAGUAUCCAAAGUUUUCCUGACUUUACAAUGAGUUUGAAUAGGAUAUUUGGAUUUUGUUUCUAAUUUAAACAUUUUCCUCUUGUGCUGACCUCUCUGAAUCAGUGAUACUGAGUACAAAGCAUUCAUUGAGUGGGACUUCCUGUUUUGUAAACGACAGCGUCAAGACCUGCGUAUGACUAAUGAACUUGAUUUGAUAGCGGUUAUGUUCUCCCCCUUUUCUUCGUCAAGGAGAGUUCGAACGCUGAUCCGGGUAAUAGCAUGUGUUCGGAUAUGUUCGCUACGACGAGACAGCCUCCGAGCGACUUCUCGGCGCGUCUCGGCCAUGGGUAGCUGUGGUUGAGAGCAGAGCUACAAUAGUUCUCUCUCCCACUCCCACUCCCACUCCGGUAGUUCUCGUUUUGCUCGAUAGACCAACCUUGACUUCUACUAAUUAAAAGUGAAAGCUGAACAAAGGAUUUUAUUAUUCGAGUUUUGUAAGCUAUAUUGCGUGAAACUUUGGAAAGGUCAUGGCGUGAUAAUGCUUGAGUGGAAUAAAAUCUUAAAUUUUCAGUGUUAAACAACGAAUUUGUUCAACUUAAACAACGAGUUGACCCCGGCUGGCUCUAUGCGUCAAUGAACAAUCGACAGGAAGACUGCAGAAUGAUUUCCGCAGCAUUUUGUAUUUAUUAGGCUAUGCAUGUUAACCCGGCCUGAAAUCAGUUGCACUUUACUCGUGAACGUUAAGGUCGAGGGAUGAAAGAUCUCACUGAAGAUGAAAAUGGAGGUAACCUGCCGUGUAAUUUAAAAAUUGCUUCUGGGUUUUACUUGCUCGAAAUUAAGAGAAAAGGGCGAUUAGUCAUUUUCUUAAAAGAUGGGUCUAACUUUUAAAAAGCAAAUAACAAAGCUAGAUAAUUUUAUCCAUGAUCUUAUCAACCAGUUCUAGAUGUUACUUGAUUUUAUUGAUUCUCACAUAAAGUGAAAAUAAUUUUCUUUUUCACAGAAGGCCAGAUUUCUCUUAUACAUUUCUCUGCCUUAAAAAUUAAACAAUCUUCGAAGAAUAAAUUUUAUACCAAUUGCUCCGUUGCUGGCACACUCGUGGAGAUACGAGUAAAUACUUUUACUUAUGCUUUUUGUUGUACUGUAUAAGCUGUCUGGCGAAGUAACGGACAGGGUUUACACUCUCUAAAUGCCUGACCAUUUCCAAGCCUCUUCUAACCUGAGAAGAAAAAUUACAGGCCAUUUCGAUUCUCUAUUCAUCAUCAUCAUCUUCCAGUUGAUUUCAAGAGCGCGUUUAUUUUUAAAUUAUUUUGAACUUGUAGGUGCCUAUCAUACAGAUGUUAGCUAUUGUUCAGUUGUAUUACUUCUGCUGCAUUCGCUCAACAGAAAACAGCUUGGAUGGUUAAAGUUUUUCAUCAUUGCUUACAUACAUAAAGUUCUUCAUUAUCAGAGAAGCACUGUUUUAUUAGAGAUUCGUAUACUUUUGUUGUUUUUUUGUAUUCUACCCGCUCCGAGAUUCUGUUUACUUGAAACGCCAGUGAUUUUCCUCGCUUCAGUUCAUUCUUAAUUAUGCGUAGUAAACUUUCCGCGUGUGUGAUGACCUCUACCGGAAGUCUUUUCUGGGCGAUUUGUCGUUCUUUAGAUUUCUGUAUCGUUAUUCGCCUGUCUAACAGUUUAUCUGCCUAGACAAUUUGAAGAAUGUGAAAUCCUAUUAGGUUAGUUUUUAUUCUCAUCAUACUAAUAUUUCAUUUAGCGACUGAUUUUUCUUGUUCCUGUCUUCAUAAAUUGAGCACCGGAACUUGAAUCAUAUCCGGUCAGAACGACUUCCUCUGAAUCGUUCGAAGCAAACAACAAUAAAACUUUUCUGUAUAAACCAAUCUUCAUAAAAUGCUUUCUAAGUGAACACUUGAACUCAAAUUUUCUUUCAACUUGACAAUAUCUGGCCUUUUAAACAACGAAAACUCGAUUGGAUAUUUAAUUAUCUCAUUUCCAAAGAAAGCAUUUUCUUGUCCUUCCUCUUCCGGUUCCAUAAGCUUUCAAAACUUCCUGUCUUUCUCCUAGAAGACUGACCCUGUCAACAGUUCUUUCUCUCUUUGCAAAACACAAGUUUUUUUUCUCAAUAGCUUUCCCCCACUAAACAACGCAUGUUUCUAAAAGGUGAUACUUUUUCUCAUAAUUUAAUCUCGCUUAUAACAUAGUAGACGGUGUGUACUUAAGUGAGUGUGUCGCAAAGCAGUGCUAACAAUGUUUUCUCGGCGUGGCGUUGUUAUGACUUUUAGGUCCACGAUUUCGGUUCAUUAAGAAUUUGCGACACGUGAUUUGUAAUGGUUGCAGACAAGUUUUUAAAUUAUCAAUUUUCGUUGUACGCUUAAACGCUAUUAAUAGCGAAGAAAAAAACUAGCCAAUUUUACAGUUUUUUGGUGUGUUUGUUUGUACAUUUUAUAUUUCUGGCCUUAUUGCUUUAAAUUAGUCAGUCCAUUUGAAUAACGUAUUCAAAACUUAACAUUAUUCUUAGGUUUCUUGAAUUGAUGCCUCGUGAUGAUUAUUUGAUUCGAUGGGUGAUAAAUGUGGAAGGAAAAUUCACUGACUAAUGUAGUUUAAUUAAGGAUAAAGUGUCACUGAAUGUUUUAUGCUGCUAUUCCUGUAUUUUGACAUUCACGCACGAGAAAACAUCCUCCAUUCAUAUAAUAACAAAUCAAACAUGUACUUUGUAUUCAUAGAUUGCGACCUGGAUGCGUUUAGAGACAUCAAGCCGUUCCAGCAACUGCCCAAGUCAAAGGAUUGCGAAAGAUACAGUGAUUUACCUACGAACGGUUUCUUGAACUGGGCAGCAUGUGCACCCCAGGCUAUUCGCUACACCGACAUGCCUCCUCUUCAGCGCGUACACUCAGCUCCAAGAGAGGAGGUGAUGUUUUUCAACGUACAGAAAUGCUACGAGAAAGUGCAAUGCCGAAAGAAUAAAAAGUCGAAACAACGUGUUCAGGGGGGUACAAUCAACUUGAGAGUGACGACCGACCACCCGAUAGCUAAAGUUGAAGUGUACGUGGAGAGACUGCCUAAAGCCGCGGUACUUUGUGGUGAUAGUAAUGGAAGAGUUCCCCUCAAGCUCAAAAUGGAAAACCUUAUGUAUUCUGAUGUAGGUAUCAAUUCUUUUGUCGUUAAGUUGUUACUUAUGCUGAUAUAAUAUAGGCAUGAGGGAUUGUGCUUAGUUAGAACAGAGCAAAAACCCUUUAGUAAUCUAAGAAGCGAUAGACUACGAGUAGUCUAAAGAACCCACACCAUAAGAAUUAAUUCACAGUGUCAAAUGUUAGAGCCAAAUUCAGAAUGUACUCCUCCGAUACAGACACAAAUACUGAAAGUAACGCGGAUAAAUCUGAGAUCGAACAACGUUAACGUUUCGGUGUCAUGGUUAAUUAGCCAUUUUCAAAGUGUCAGGUCGAUUAACUGAAAUAGUUUGCUUUAACUUCCCCAAUGUUCAAUAUUGUACAAACUUUACACUGUACAAUUAUUUACAAAUUAAAUCAGAUUGACAUUAAUACUGCAUAAGAUACCACUCAGAAAGUGUCAUUUCCUUUUCCCAUGAUAAGAUUUUAUUCGCAGACUUAGAAGCCAGAACAAAGUUAAACUGUAUACGACAUAGGAAUAGCUUUCAUUCUAAUAAUUACACUUUCAGACUUUCAACAAAUUCUCAAAAUUAGACCUGUCUUGUGCACCAUAAUCAGCGUAUACAGUUUCGCUUUGAAUGUUUUCAUUUUGUUUUAUCCUCAGGCUCAAAACUGGAGCCAACUUAUUAGCGAAAUAGAAUGCUACUUCCGAUGAAAGCUCUGCUUAAUAGCUUUAAUAGUCUAGGAUUUUAGAUUUUUCAUGUGUUUAGAAACAGCAUCUUAAAAUUGCUUAUGUUGUGAUGUUGCUUGUGAUGGUUUUCUUGUAUUGUUUUGACGUGAUUCAACUUGACAUUCUUUUCUACGCUUUUUCUUUGCCCAUAGAACUAUCAAAGACAGGACCAGUACUUCUCAGUGGAUCUCGACUCUGUGUAUGAUAACCCGAUAACUGGUCUCCCUGUGUACAAACUUUCUACUGUGGACUCCGACAGGCGGAAUCGUUUCUGGCUUGUAGCGUAUGUCGUGUAUGCUAACAGCCGCAGAAGUCAGCCAUUCUACAGCGAACCAUUUUUGCUCAAGAGCAAGAGAAGCUCCAAGUCUUCUCCUUAUUGAAAGACAUUUGUUGAAAGGCAUUUAUAAAAAGUAUAAAUUGUUUGGAAGGCAAACUGAAGGGCAACUUUUAAACGAAGGGAACGAACAGUGUGCUCGUUUUGCUAGUUCUUCGGUUACUCGCGUGAAAACAUUUCAAACUACUGCUACUGUCAAGUUUAAGCACGUUUUGGCGCCAGAAAAAGGGAGAUCACUUUGUAUGGUUGCACUUG